GAGGUAUUCUCUGAUAUGCAGCCAUUGGUCCGUUCUGUUCUUGAUGGAUACAAUGUAUGCAUAUUUGCAUAUGGUCAAACUGGAUCAGGAAAAACAUUCACAAUGAGUGGACCAAGAGAUUUAACAGAGAAGAGUCAAGGAGUUAAUUACAGAGCACUUGGUGAUCUGUUUCUUUUUGCUGAACAAAGAAAAGAGACAUUCCGCUACCAUAUUGCUGUUCAGAUGAUUGAGAUUUACAAUGAGCAACUCAGAGACCUUCUCGUUAGUGAUGGAAGCAACAAAAGAUAUCCUUGUAAAUCUCCACCGUCUGCGAGCUAAAGAAAAGAGCUAGGUAAAGACAUGGGUCUUCACUGUUUUUAAAACCAUUCAAAAAACUUUCAAACUAACUAAAAUAUGCACGUUUUAUUAUUAUUGUCAACUUGUCGUUGCUCUUUCAUUACCUACCCGCCCAU